GAGAAUGAGAUUAAGAGAAAAAAUAUCUCUGCAGUUAUGAUGAAGACGAACAUGUUUUUUAUCGUCAGUGUACUACUAUUAGUACUGGAAUGCAUAGCAGCUGAAAACUGCACUCAAGAUCAGUUUCAAUGUAGGAAUGGACCCUGUAUUGUCAGAAACUUUCUAUGUGACAACGACCCGGAUUGUAGCGAUAGGUCUGAUGAAGAAAAUUGUACAUCUAUUUUCCCGUGUAAUGAAGGUUACAAUUAUCGAUGUGACAAUGGAGAAUGCUCGAAUAGAUGCAAUGGAUUUCCUGACUGUGCAGAUGGUACUGAUGAAGCAAAUUGUAACACACAGUCGUUUACAAUAUCGUCAUCAUCAUCGGUAAAUAAUACAUUGUCCUCAAUACUAACACAAACAACAUCACUACCAAGAGACACUACAAAGCAGUCACUAAACACAUCGACAGUGUCUUCGUUUCAAUCCGACAAAAUAGAAUUAACAACCAAAGAAUUGACAUCUGCACCAAUAACAUCUGAAGUGAAAACAGAACUAAGAACACUGGAAUUGACAUCCUUAUUAACAACAUCUGAGAUGUUCACAGUACCAACAACAUCUGAGAUUACUACAGAACCAACAACAUCUGAUAUGACUACAGUACCAACAACAUCUGAGAUUACUACAGAACCAACAACAUCUGAGAUGACAACAGUACCAACAACAUCUGAGAUAACUACGGUACCAACAACAUCUGAGAUAACUACAGUACCAACAACAUCUGAGAUGACUUCAGAACCAACAACAUCUGAGAUGACUACAGUACCAACAACAUCUGAGAUGACUACAGAACCAACAACAUCGGAGCUGACUACAAAAUCAACAACAUUUGAGAUGACAACAGUACCAACAACAUCGGAGCUGACUACAAAACCAACAACAUUUGAGAUUACUACAGUAUCACAAACACCUGAAAUUACUACAGAACCAACAAUAUCUGAUAUGACGACAGAACAAACGACAUCUGAGAUGACUACAGAACCAACAACAUUUGAGACUACUACAGUACCUACAACAUCUGAGAGUACUACAGUACCAACAACAUCUGUGAUGACUACAGUACAAACAACAUAUGAGAUGACUACAGUACCGACAUCAUCUGAGAUAACAACAGUACCAACAACAUCUGAGAUGACUACAGUACAAACAACAUAUGAGAUGACUACAGAACCAAUAACAUCUGAGACUACUACAGUACCUACAACAUCUGAGAGUACAACAGUACCAACAACAUCUGAGAUGACUACAGUACAAGAAACACAUGAUUUGACUACAGAAACAACAACAUCUGAGAUUACUACAGUACCAACAACAUCUGAGAUGACUACAGUACAAACAACAUCUGAGAUGACUACAGAACAAACAACAUCUGAGAUGACUACAGAACCUACAACAUCUGAGACUACUAGAGUACAAACAACAUCUGAGAUGACUACAGAACAAACAACAUCUGAGAUGACUACAGAACCUACAACAUCUGAGAUAACUACAGUACAAACAAUAUCUGAGAUGACAACAGUACCAACAAUAUCUGAGACUACUACAGUACCAACAACAUUUGAGACUACUACAGAACAAACAACAUCUGUAAUGACUACAGUACCAACAACACCUGAGAUGACUACAGAACCAACAACAUCUGAGAUGACUACAGAACCAACAACAUCUGAGAUGACUACAGUACCAACAACAUCUGAGAGGACUACAGAACCAACGACAUCUGAGAUGACUACAGAACCGACAACGUAUAAGGUGACUACAGAACAAACCACAUCUGAGACCACUACAGAACCAGUAACAUCUGAGACUACUACAGAACCAAUUACAUCUGAGAUUACUACAAAACCAACAAUAUCUGUGAUGACAACAAAACCAACAACAUUUGAGAUAACUACAGUACCAACAACACCUGACGUUACUACAGUACCGACUUUUGAUAUGACAACAGUACAAACAACAACUGAUUUGACGACAGAACCCAAAACAUCUGAGAUGACAACAGCACCAACAACAUAUGAUAUGACAACAGAACCGACAACAUCUAAGAUGACUACAGAACCAACAACAUCUGAGAUGACAACAGCACCAACAACAUCUGAUAUGAGUACAGAACCGACAACGUCUAAGAUGACUACAGAAUCAACAACAUCUGAAAUGACAACAGUUCCAACAACAUCUGCUAUGACUACAGAACCGACAACGUCUAAGAUGACUACAGAAUCAACAACAUCUGAAAUGACAACAGUACCAACAACAUCUGAUAUGACUAAAGAACCGACAACGUCUAAGAUGACUACAGAACCAACAACAUCUGAUAUGACAACAGUACCAACAACAUCUGAUAUGACUAUAGAACCGACAACGUCUAAGAUGACUACAGAACCAACAACACCUGAUAUGACUACAGUACCAACAACAUUUGAAAUGACAACAGUACCAACAACAUCUGAUAUGACUAAAGUACCAACAAUAUCUCAGAUGACUACAGAACCAACACCAUAUGUGAUGACAACAGAACCAGCAACACCUGAGAUGAAUACAGUACCAACAGUAUCUGAAAUGACAUCAGUACCAACAACAUCUGAGAUGACUACAGAACCGACAACAUCGGAGCUGACUAAAGUACCAACAAUAUCUCAGAUGACUACAGAACCAACACCAUCUGUGAUGACAACCGAACCAACAACACCUGAAGUGACUACUGUACCAACAACAUCUGAAUUGACGACAGAAUCAAAAAGACCUCAGAUGACAACAGGAUCGACAACUCCCGUAUUCACAGAAGUCUCAAGAGCAUCUUCAGUACUAACAGGGUCAAAAAUGCAAACUGAUAUAUCAGUAUCUAAAUCAGCUUCAAAGUCCACCACAGACAUGACUGUAAAAUUAACCGAGACUACAACAUCGACGUCAUCAACAGAGAAAACAUUAUCAAUUUCACCUACACAAGAAAUAGUAUCGACAUCUUCUAUAGAGACAACAGUUAUAACCACCACAUCUGAAGACGGAAUCCUUCCCGAUGACAGAAGUAACCCAGGUAAAGCUUAUAUAUAUUUUGUUUAUACGAAAAGCCCGAAAACACUCUUGUGA